AUGGCACAAAGAGCGCAGCAGAUCGCAGGCCACCUGAACUAUCCUCAGGGUAUGCUGGCUGGUCAAACUGCCAUCAUCACUGGAUCCGGCCAAGGCAUCGGCGCAGAAGCAGCCCGUCUGUUCGCCAACGAGGGCUGCAAAGUCGUCGUCUGCGACGUUGACAGCGCAAAAGCCUCCGCUGUCGCCGAGAAGAUCAAUUCGGAUUCCCCGAACCGCGCGAUCUCCGUAGCAGGUGAUGUGACCGACGCAAACUACAUCAAUGUCCUGGUUAAGAAGGCCGCCGAGUUUGGCGGAGGGAAGAUCCACUAUAUUGUCAACAACGCUGGCUAUACCUGGGAUGGCGUCGUACACAAGAUCACCGACAAGCAGUGGGACACGAUUCUCGCGGUCCACAACACCGCGCCCUUCAGGCUGAUCAGAGCGGCUGCGCCGUAUUUCCGCGUCAAGGAUGGUGAGCCGAGAGCUAUUGUCAAUGCGAACUAUUCGCUUGCGAAGGCUGGUGUCGUUGGCUUGACGAAGACGAUCGCGAAGGAAUGGGGGCCACAGUUCGGUGUCAGAGUCAACACUGUCGCGUUUGGUCACAUCGAUACGAGACUGACGAGGGCGAAGGAGGCUGGCGCAUUUAUCACGACCCCUGAAGGCCAGCGAGUAGCUCUAGGAAUUCCAAGCGCACAAAUUUCGAGCAGGAAGGGCGAGGAUGCUCAGCCAUACAAGGAUAUUCCGCUAGGUCGACCUGGCACCGCGACCGAGGCAGCGUCGUCCAUCUUGGCCCUGUGCAGUCCUUUGUUCUCAUAUGUCAGCGGACAGACACUGGAGGCAGCACGUCGCCAUCAUGUGAGGCACUUGCACACCAGCCAGCCCAGUGAGGGCUUGGAGAAAAGCCAUGAUAACACCAAAGAUGUGGACGCUGCAAUAAAGCGACGGAAAGGGCCCAAGAAGCAUAGGCCGGCAAAACCUACAGCUUUGGCGACAUCCACCAUUCAGAAUGAUAAGGAGUCGGACGUCCUGGAGCCUGACGGCGCAACAACUGAUCCGGACACCUGGAUCUGUAUGGUCGAGCCAUUCUUGCCUGAACAUCUGCGAUACUCGGGUGGCAGAACGCUUAGUAUCCAAGGCGAUGGACACGCGCUGGUCAAGAUUAUGGAACAAGCUCGAGCUUCUUGUGGGCAAGACUUUGAUCUUCUGAGCCACAUGCUAUUGAUGUACGGACGCGAUCAGGCUGUACUCCAUUUGGUCGAGGUCAUGCUACAGGCCGUGUCCAAUGCUGUCCAGGUACCUACAGCGGCGCCAUCCAAUAUCACUUGGCCAGCCAGUCUGUUCGAAGGAGAUCUUCUAGACGAGAUCAGUCUAUCUGAGGUUGGACCGCCAGCGCAACGCUUCUCGGCAGUGCAGGAACUUUACGAGAGCCAGACAUCUAUGGGACAAGGCUUGCGACCGACAGUAAUGUCGUGUAUUUUGCGCUCUUUGGGGUACAUGGUCAUCGCCUCGGCGAAGUCAUCUACACCAGAACCACAAUCGAUCGUGUCCACGGUCCGUCAAGCCCUAGCUAAAGUCCAUCAUCACAACUUAGUGCCGCCAUCGAUCUAUGAUUAUCGGUUGACACCGCAUUCGGCCACAGUCGGCCGGACCCCAGUGCUCCAUCUGCUCUCGGGCCGUAUUCUGACAGCUCUAUCAGAUGCAGUCUGGAGGUCUUUGCAGAGUGAGACUAUCGCCUCAGCUGUAGCAGAACGUGGCUCUAUUGAGCAAGUCUACAAAGAUCCUCCGGGAGGACGAUUUCGCCUGCGCGUUCGGGAGCUCGGCCCUGAGGUCUGGCUGGAGUUCAUACUCUGGUGUUGCGUGGAGGAAGGAUCUGCUUUCGUUGGAGCUGAGCUCAUCGAAGGGCUAAUGAAAGAACUGGAGGAACCAUGGUUCGCCAUAAAUUGGUCCUCAGGCAAAGACAAACAAACAACGCCACUAAUUGACUGGGACAGAGUGCACGGGCGAACUGGUGGUCCCUUCGGUCGCAUCGAAGGCUAUAGCGCUGAGCAACCCCUUGCUGCUAUACCAAAACACACUGUCAGCACUGAAGUCGUGCUGUCCCUGAUCGAUGCUCAAAUCACUUCAGCUCCGGUGAACUCUCUGUCAGAACCAGAAGGUUUCGCGGAUGUAACACAUCGCAUACAACGUCUGGCAGCUUUUCUGGAGCCGCACGCCUUGCCUGUGGAGUAUUUCGACUAUCUGACCGCCAGGAUGUUGCAGACUGCGGCCGGCGGUCUUGACCAUGAUCCGCAGAUCCUGAGUACGUGGUGCAAGGCGUCUGCUGCAUUUCGCGAUCUUGAGACGUCGACAGACAAAGAGAUUCCGAAGCCCACGUUGAAAUACCACGACAUUACCUCGCAGAGCCUCGCAGGGGUAGGACUCUUGCAUCUACGCCUUGCAGCUUUAUGCAAAGGCAACCUACUGCACGAAAGCAUUGACUGCUUCUCGACGAUUCAAUACGAAGUUGAUCGAAGCAAGGUGCAGAGUCUUCUGGCUUUCGUACAGACUCCGAGAAGAGAUGCGGAUGGGUUCUUCCACAGCCGUCUGCCUGCUGCCCAGGAGGAAUACGUGGGCGCUCAUGGUCAGUUGCCUAAUCACAUGUCCGCUGCCUUCCUUCGAUAUUUGACGCACAACAAGGAGCUGAACCUCGCCGGCUGGAUGAUAUAUUCGGAUGACGUUGAUGGCCCUGUCAUUGCCAAACCUGCUUAUGAGCAGUUCUCGACUGCGGAGGCUCUCGUGACAUUGGCAGACGAGACCAGAGACCUGGCAUUAUUGCAGGAUGUUGCUGAAGCUGGCCAGACUUUCACCCUCAGACCAGGGGUCAAGUUUCUCCGGUCACUUGUCAACGCUCACGUCUCAUUCCACGAUUUCUUCCGCGCCAGGCUAGUCCUGGAAGACCUGAAAGACUGCAUCGCUGGCGGUUUUAGUCCCGACAACGUCGCCAGCCUUGCUGCAACUGUACUCCGUAUCAGUGCGGCUUUGGAGGCAGAUCCACAGUGUGGGCUGGGCCACGCCUUGGGCGAAGCAGUGGCGUUGCUCCGCAACGUCUUGAGAGGUGAUUACGAUGGCACAAAGGGAGACUUCUAUCGCAUGCAGCUGUCAUUGCUGCGCAGGCAAGUUGGGUACCUUCUCCGCAUUUUUCAGAAUCUUCCCAAUCACCACCUCCAAAACGCGGCAUUGGUUUACCAGCCGAGGUAUUCGACUGGCAAUGCGGCCUCUCUGGCCACUAAUACUUUCGAUAUAUUACUUUCUGGUAUUGUCGAUGCAUAUGGCGCCAGCGAGGGCACGCGAGUAUGGCAAAUCUUCUGUACGGAUCCACGGUCUUCGACCAGAGAUUCGACACAGCAUGAAAAUCUCGAGCUCUUCCUAUCAGACGUUGACGAAUCAACUGAUUACACCAACGAAUAUGAGACAAUUACCUAUGAGGAACGUUCUGCUAGCGAUCAUGCAAGUGAGGGGGCGCUGGAAGCAGACCAUCAGGCAAAACUGCAACCGGAACAACCUCAUGACAACAUCAGCAUAGCCUCUGCCAACAACGACGUCCCACAUCGAGAUACUUCGCUAGAGUCACCCGGAUCAGAACUCUACUUCUCAGCGGAUAUGGAUGCUUUCGACUUCACCAAGAAGCAGACUGUUCACCGGCAGGAAUUCGCGAGCAAAUUAGCGGAUGAUGGACCCGAGAACGUGGCCGAUGAUAAUCACACGCACGUUUUGGACGCGACGAUCGAAUUUAAUCCAGCUGUCAGGCCAACUUUGACGACUUUGCGUUUGAUCACAAAGAAAGCGCUUGCCGAGGGCAAUUCGCCCACUACAGACGAGAUCAUGCAGUGGGCAGCGUCUUACAUGCGGCAGAUCGGCAGGUCUGAUGCAGAAACGGAACUAGGAGACAUUGCAGAUGUUCCACAGUACGUGAGAGACAAAAUGUCCUCAGCGGAAGCCGCUGAUGAUGUCGUUUGGCAGCCCCUCCGCGAAGAGGAUUCUGCCAAGAUCAGAAAGCAUCUUGUCGAAGGGCAGACAUUUGACUUCACUCCUGAGAACAGACAGCGGCUUUGGCAGAAGUUGUUUCCCAGCGCAGAGUAG